CUCAAUUCCGGUACUAUUCAAUUCCUAGGCCGAUCUCUACUCCAAGGUACCUGGUAUGUUUGGCUGUGAAUGGUGCCUGAACCUUGGUCUGUCACCUCUGUGGGUGCCUAUUGUCCUUAGCUCUCCAUCUUCGUCAUCAUGCGCUCUCCGCACCACUUUGGCAAACGUCAUAGCAGAGUGACGGCGACUUUACCUGCACAUCACACACUUUGCUGUUCGACUACAUAAACCUCUGCACAGCCUUACUUGACUCUUUCACUAUUUCACGCUACAUUUCCACUCACUCAGAAUCAGCCUCAGCCUUAGCCUCAGGCAGACUCAGACUCAGACUCAGAAUCAGAAUCAGAAUCACCCGACUCACGAACCAUUCAACAUGCCUCAACACCCAGCGGAAGAAACUGCCCCCUCCAACAUCUUCGAUAAAGUCGCCAAAGAGUCCUCUGACUCGACUGCCUCCGACCACCCUAUGCACAAGGAGAACGAGCAGCCUGUCAAGCAAGCGGCGUCUGCCCAAGACCACAAGGGGCUAGGUCCUCAGAUCUCAGAGAAUAUGCCAGAAGCCCAAUCCAAAGACGAAUUGAAGGCAAAGGCGGCUCAGAUGAAUGUUCGGUCGAGCGAGUAAAGCAAACGUGCAAAACAAGGGAACAAAGAAUCAUUAGCGUCACAGGCAUGACUGUCGAAGCAGACACAACAUUGCUGUAGGAAUACAUCAUCAUUGACCACGAAGCCGAGUCCGUAUCUAAGUCACUUGUCGCCA